AUGGGGUACAAUCCACCAGGGGGCGUUGUUGGUGCACCAGUGAGGGAGCUGCAUGGGGAGGAGGGUCUAUAUGGGGACGAUGGUAAAAAUUACAAACCUGGGGUUGAGGAUGUCAUUGAGAAGUACAAGACAGAAAAGUCACUCACUCACCGUACCCGGAGAAAGCUUGUCAACAUAUUGGCUAGCCAAAUGACUGACAGCCAUGGAGGAUGCCUUCCCAUUAACAUAAGGAGAAUCAUAACCCUCUUCCCUUCACUAAAGGAUCCCUUUUCUCCAAAGGGUUAUCUGAAUCAAGACUUCCUUCUGCUGUUUGAAGUUGAAACAGCUUCCGAGAUGCUUGAAAUGCGGGACACAACAUUCAGGUCCAAGGUUAUCAAUGAGGCCAAACACCUGACUCAGUCAACUGAGCUAUGCCGACUUCUAAAAGCUGCUGAGAAAAUGACAGAGAACGAUGACACCACUGGACGGAAGAGGACCAAGAUAAGCCCCAGUGAUGCAGUGGACAAAAUGUUGCACUUUCACAAGUCAUGCUGCAGCUUGGAUGAACACCUUCGGAGAAGAGAUGGUAGACAACCAUAUAUCCUUGCUGUCGGUCGAACCAGGAACAGGAUUGACACUUUCUACAUUGUUGUGGACAAACAGCUCAUCCCCUGCCAAGCCACAAGCUCGUUGGGUGCCUUUGAUGAACUGUUUAAAUCCCACUAUGGGUUCAAUCUGUCGUACGAUGAGUACCUGGGCCAGCUCUUCACCUUCAUGAAAACCACAGUCUACAAUACCGAUGUAGCAACAACAAAUGAGUCUCCCAAAGUUCGUGGGUUUUGUGCUAAAGUCUUCAACUAA